CGCAUAGCUUCCUAAAGUACGACGCUAGCAUGCAACCCAACUAGUUGCAAACCCUGCAAGCAACUUGUAACGAUUCACCAACGCAUAGCUGCUUAGUACAUGAAUCUGAUUACGCUCUUGUAGCAGGCUGUCCUUAGGUAUUGCGUAGCCUUCUACACGCAUUUUACGGCCCAUUGGCUAGGAACACGUCAUCCUUACACGGUGGACUUGCAAUAACCUGCCCAACAAUGUUAAUAGCUUUUACAAGUGAUCAUUGCCUGCGCCGGGCGUCUUUUAAACGGCAGACCCAUGUAACUCAGGUCUUGCUUCUCAUCCUAUUGUUAUGCUCAAGUUUAAUUGGUACGGAAUGCGCAACCAAGAAGAAGCCACCGCCGCCACCAGUCCGCUCAAAACCUCCUUCCCCAGCUCCAAGGCCUCCUCCAAAGUCCAGCAAAAAAUCCCCCCCACCUGCUCCAAAGCCUCCGAGCCCCAAUCCUCCCUCCCCCAGUCCUCCCCCUCCUCCUCCUCCACCGUCACCCCCUCCAUCACCACCUACUGUUGAAACGAAGAAUGGCAUCCGCCUGGUGGGCGGAGAUGGCAGCGGCUACGGUCGGUUGGAGGUGUCGUCAAACAGCUCCUGGCUCACCAGCACGGUGACGUGGCGGGCGCUGUGCGACGACGGCAGCUUCACGGUGGAAUACGCGCAGACGUUCUGCAAGCUGCUCGGUUACAAGUUCGGCCGCCAGAUCCAUGCUGAGGGCACCAGCACCCUGGCCGCGAACGACACCAUCCUCCACCCCCUGGGCACCCUCAAGUGCAUGAGUGUGGCCGCCUCGCCGCCCCCCUCGCCCCUCGACACCAGCCCCCUCAGCCACCACCGCCGCGCACUGCUGUCCAUCCGCCGCGGCACCGUCCUGUUCCCGCCGCGCGCCAAGUACUACUGCUCCUUCCAGCUGGGGACCUGCGCAGCGGGGUCGGAGCUGGUGGCGCUGCAGUGCUCAGACACGCGGCUGCCCCCCACUCCGCCGCCGCCGCCAGCACCUCCGAGCCCCCCAGCCAUCCCCGCCAGCCAGACCGGCCGCAUCCGCGUCAUCGGCUCGGGGCAGGGCGCGCAACCCUGGGUGGAGCCCAAUCUGUGCACGGGCGCCGACCCCGACUCGGGCUGCACCCUGCUGUCGCGCGUGGAGCUGCUGGUGACCGACCCCACCAACCCCGCCGGGGCCGUGUGGGCGCCUCUCUGCUACCCCGCGGCUGACAGCGGCAUGCAGGAGUACUGGGAUUACAACGUGGCGGAUGUGGCUUGCAAGCAGUACUAUGGCUACAUCCCCGGCCGGAAAGACAACUACUAUUACUUGGUGAACGGUUCGCCCUACACGCCCUUCAACAUUCCCGGGCUCCUGCCGCCUCCGUCCCUACCAGCCACCCCCAACUCCUCGCCUUCAAACCCGCCCGCGUCGCCUUCCCUAUCCUCUCCCGCCAUGCCGCCACCCCCGCCGCUCUCCCCUGGUGAACGGGUCUUUGAGACCUACAGCUACAGGGCUUGGGCGAGCGUCAACCUCACCGCAAUGUCCUACGCAGCCUCGGUUCAGGACCUAGGACUCGAGGUAACCACGGAGCCUUGCGAGAGCGGUCAACUCUUCGCCAUCCAGUGUAGCGCACUCGUGAUGUGAGUAACCCUUUCCCCCGGGGGGGGAAAGAAGGCCCCCCCGGUGUCAGGGUCAGGGUCAGGGUCGGUUUUUCCCGCGGCUCAGUUUUGCUAAGCCCCCGGGGGGGCACUGGGAGCAUCUUGUGGCCGACUGCUUAGCGUGAUGAGCCGAGCAGAUGCCAAGCACGUGGGGGAGGGUAGUGGAGGUAGUGGGGUUGGGUUUUGGAUAGGGGUAGCGAAGCCGCAUGUUGUGUAUGUAUGUGCGGAGCAUUGGGCUGGGACAGCGCCCAUGCUCCAAGCAUGGUAGCAGCGGCGUGUGCGCGCAUCCUUUUGCAUGGUGUGUUUGUCAAUUGGGCGCCCUGAGGGUUAGGAGGAUGAGGUGUGAAGUUGGAUGGCUGUAAUGUUACGUUGAAGGUUGGUUGGAUUUAGGGAGUUGGACCGAGUAGUCUUGUACGAAAGAGGAAGGAAGCAAGGAAAAGCCGUUGCCAGUGGCUCCAAUGAGCGCUACUACUCGCCGUGCUUUUUAGACGAGGCCGAGCGGAGGAUGUUGGGGUCCUUCCUGCUGGUGAGGAGUAAUGAGUGCAUUGCAGAUGUAGCAUAUGGGCGUAGAGGGAUUAAGACAUGUUUGCUUGGUGAUCGUUGAAGUGGCUGGCUUUAUCUUAAAGGACUUUGUUAGCAUGCGGUUUUAGAAGAUUUGGUUUUGUACGGCAGCCAAUUUGCGAAUACUGCUUUGCCGUACAGUAGUUAUAUAAAAGGCGUGCGAUGACUACGGUUAUUAUGCGUGCGCGCGUACGAAGAAGGUAGACCUGGUCAUUCCUUAAGACUGCUGUUUCAGCAAGGUGCGUGCGCAUGAAGUGAUCCACCAGUGUAGAUAAGUUGAUAUCAAUUCGUUUUGGGCUGUCCUGAGGUUGAUAUUGUUUCAGUGCAAUCAAAUCACGGAGCUUACCGGUAUAGGGCAGCUUCCGGACUUCCAAAGGCCGGUUAUAAAGGAUGGCUCGCGCUGUUCCUGUUGGUGUGUAUACCGCGCGCUUCAUUAAUCGCUCGCGCAUCCCCUCAGUGAGGAAACCCCUCGAGGUGAACCCUAGCCUGGUGUCCGGGCCUUGCUAGAAGCGGCAGGCUCCAUUUGAGCAAGAUGGAUAUGUUGGGAGGCAUGGCGAAAUAUCUAGGACGUAGCGAAGCUGUACUUGAGCCCUCAUGAUCUGCCUGCCUCUUCGUUGGAACCUUUGGUUGGUUCCAAACAUCUUUCCUGCCUUGUUGUGCCUCUGUGGGAUUGGGAAUCCGACGCGUCAUGUAGGUUGUAGCACGCAUAACCGGUAGUAGCUAUCCGGUUCGUUCCCCGUGUGAACCCGAGUGACAGUGUUGUCUAGUGAAUGAAUGACCGUUACU